UUUGCUCUGCUCUGCUGAGAAUCAUGUGGUUUCAGAUCAUGCACUGAACUCCAGUCUAUACAAUGCAGUCUAAAGAACUGCUCUGAACUCCACGCUGUCCUUAUGGGGAAAUGUGUGGUGAAAUAUGUUCUUACCUUCUAGUUUAAUAACGUGAUCAGUAAGUUACGAGGAGAGUUGAUUUAAUAAGAGCUGCUUAACAUGUAAAUACUACAAGGUAAUCAGCUCCUCGUUAUCAUUUUAAAUACUCAGACUAUAAGCUAGUCAACACUUACGUCUAAACAAUAUUUAUAUCUACUUUAUGUCUAGUAAUGGUGCAGUGUGUAGAAUUUAGUGGCAUCCUGCGAAAAAUAUUUGGCAGAAAUGUAUUGUAAUAUUCAUAAGUAUGUUUGAUUAGUUUAAAAUCCCAUGAAACACGAAUGGUAAUUUUGAAAGUAACUACUUGGACCGGCCACUGUAACUUCAUGCUGGGAAGGGAGAGGUGAGGGGGAGUGGAUGCCACUAAAUCCUACACACACACACACACACACACACACACACACACACCUUUAAUGAAACAUAUCAAUGCUUGCAUAAACAAUGCAGAUAUUAAUGCUAGAUAUUAAUACUAAAUUGACUAAAUAAACAUUGAUAAUAUAACAUGAAUUCUAAAUAUGAAUUCUUAUAAACCGUUAACACAUCUAAACGAUGGAUUCAGCAGGCAACAUUGUCACAUUGUCAAAAACAGAUAAUAUAGUGCACUGGGGGGGAGGGGGAGAGAGAGAGAGAGAGAGUGAGAGAGAGAGAGAGAGAGAGAGAGAGAGAGAGAGAGAGAGAGAGAGAGAGAGAGAGAGAGAGAGAGAGAGAGAGAGAGAGAGAGAGAGAGAGCGAGAGAGAUAGAGAGAGAGAGACAGAGAGAGAGAGAGAGAGAGAGAGAGAGAGAGAGAGAGAGAGAGAGAGAGAGAGAGAGAGAGAUAGGGGAAAUGAGUCACAUGCUCAAGCUGAGAAGACAAUUUUGAGACCUCAUUUUUUUUGAUGCGUGGAAAACUAGAAGGAACUAGGAGGGGAGGAAAGGGGUUGUUAGGUGGCCAGAUGCCCGAACCAUUCAAGGCGACAUUGAGAACUCAAAAUGUCUACCACUAUACCAAAAGACAAGUACAAGUCUGUGUGGCUGAUCUUCUUCAUGCUGGGCUUGGGGACGCUCCUCCCAUGGAACUUCUUCAUGACGGCCUCCAUGUACUUUACAGGGCGUCUGAAGGAGCCAUCUUCUCCGAACCCCGCUGCCAAUCAAAGUGCUGAGGCUGAGGCGGAGCAUACGCCCAGCCUCCUUGAAUCAAAGUUCAAGAAUGUGAUGACGCUGUGUGCCAUGGUGCCCCUCCUCAUCUUCACCUGCCUCAACUCCGUUCUCCACUCCCUGAUCCCUCAGAAGCUGCGAGUGAUGGGCAGUCUAGUUCUCAUCAUGGCCGUCUUCAUGGUUACAGCCGUCCUGGUCAAGGUGGCCAUGGACCCCCUUCCCUUCUUCACUGUCACCAUGCUGAAGAUUGUCAUCAUCAACUCGUGCGGCGCGGUUCUGCAGGGCAGCCUGUUCGGCAUGGCAGGCCUGCUCCCCGCCUCCUACACCACUCCCAUCAUGAGCGGCCAGGGGCUGGCCGGCACCUUCGCAGCCGUCGCCAUGAUCUGCGCCCUUGCUAGUGGAUCUGCCAUUGACGAUGCAGCGUUUGGAUACUUCAUAACAGCCUGUGUUGUCAUAUUUUUCUCUGUUCUCUCCUAUAUCGCACUCCCAAAAAUGGAGUUCUACCAACAUUACCAGCAGAUCAAGGCCAGUCCUGCAGACUGCAACGAAGGGACCAGCCUCAACCCAAUGAAGAGCGACAGCCAGUGCCAAGACGUGUCCAAGCCCAGCAUCUCCAUGAUGACCAUCUUCAAGAAGGUCUGGGUCCUAGCGGUCUCCGUGUGCUUCAUCUUCACCGUCAGCAUAGGAACGUUUCCCGCCAUCACGUCGGACGUCCAGACGACUAUCGGGGCGGGAACUUCCUGGGAGCGAUACUUCAUCCCGGUCUGCUGCUUCCUGCUCUUCAACGGGAGUGACUGGUUCGGUCGCAGCCUCACUGCCGUGUGUAUGUGGCCAGGGGGAGAGGGUCGGCUGCUGCCCAUGCUGGUGGCAUCCCGGGUGCUGUUCGUUCCUCUCUUCAUGAUGUGCAACGUCCAGCCCAGAGCCUACCUGCCGGUGCUGUUCCCCCACGACGCCUGUUACAUUUUCUUCAUGGUGCUGUUUGGCUUCAGCAACGGAUACCUGGCCAGCCUCUGCAUGUGCUUCGGGCCCAAGAAGGUGGCGCCGCACGAGGCAGAGACUGCGGGGGCGGUAAUGGCGCUGUUCCUGUCGAUGGGUCUGGCCCUCGGAGCGUCCUUCUCCUUCCUAUUCAGAGCACUCGUUUGAAGCCCCCUGCCAACCAGUAUAUGUUUUUUAUGCGUAGAAUCGUGUUGAAGAUGCAUUUUUUUUAUUGAGCUCAUUGUUAGUGUUAUAUUUAAUAAAUUAAAUUUUAAUUUA